AGCCAGAAGAGAGCAGAAAGAAUUUACUGACAAUGGCAGAAAGAGUCUUAGAGAAGUUGGAUAUUCUUGAUGAGCAAGCAAAGACCCUCUUGGCCACAAGAGCAAAGAAAAACUACCUUCAGAGUCAAGUAAAGAGAAAGAUUUCAGUGAUACCCCUGACGUUUGAUUUCCAGUUGGAACUUGAAAAGGAUAUUGCUACCUCCAUGUCUAAGACAAACUCAAAGAUCACAACAGACAGAUCAUAUGGCACUAAAAAACCAAAAAGAUCUGUCUCCUUCAAAAAUAUGCCUGAACCUAAAAAAAGUGAUUUUCAAAACUCAAAUUUAAGACCACCCUUUUUGCCAACAAAUAUAAAAACUCAGGAAAUCAAGUCAAUAGAGCCAGUAGAAGAAUAUCUAAAAUCAAGAUCUAUUAGAUCUUUUCAUUAUCUUAAGGAUAUACCUGAGACAGAGUAUGCUAAGCCCUUCCAGGAAUUAUAUUCACAGCAUAGACCCCAAUGUAGAAGAACAUCGGGUUCUACAGUCUUUUCUUCUGUACCCAGCAAUCAGUCUAAUGCAUAUAAGAAGGAAGACUCUAUUUACAGUACAAAAGAAAAUGAAUCCAUCAGAAAUGAUCAACUAAAUGAGUAUUCAGUAAGACAGAAAAGUCUGCUCCCAUUGUGCUUUGAGGAUGAACUGAUAAAGCCAGAUGCCAAGAUAAUCGAUGCUAGUCUGAUAAAGACAGUAGCUUCUCACCCGGGGAAAAAUGAUACAAACCCCAUAAUUUUCCAUGAGGCUGAAUAUGUACAAAUGUUACUUUUGACAAAAAAUAGGCUUCCUCCCCAUUCUAUGGAAAAUGGAAAUGGUUGCCCAUAUGAAAGAUCAAAUGUUUUUUUAGAAAGAAAUUGUGAAAUGCUUAAAUCUGUAUCUAGAGAUCAAUAUGUUACUCCUUCCAAAACCCAAAGAACUCUGCCUACAAUACAGAAGAAAGAUAUACCAGCAAUAUCUUUUGAAGUCAGCCAUAGGACUGUAGAUGAUAAACUAAGGAAGAAAACUAGGAAGCAGACAUUUGAAAACAUAUCUUGGGAUAAACUCUAUAAUUUUUCACAGACAUUUUCCAGCUUAAAAAAAAAAUUUGUGUGUUUCCUUGAUAAAACUGUUAUUCAAGAAAUGAGUGCUAAAACUGGAAAAUUUGAAAAAAUGUUUUCUACAGUAAAACCAGUGAGCAAAUUCAGUGCCUCACCUGUCAAAUAUUACUCAAAGCCUUCAAGAAGUAUACUCAAAGUCCAUAAAAUAAAUAAUGUAACACCAUUGGAUGAUUUGUUAAACUUGUCAAGUGAAAAAUAA